UUAAGUACUCCGCAGCGUUAGGCACUGCGUUUGCUGAAUUAGUUGGACUUUGAGGAAGUCGGCGAGGGGUUCCCAGCGCAGUAACAGGUGUAAAGAAAAUGCAGACCAGUAAAGGACGCUUUGGUGUUUGUGACAGCUUGGUCUCGGCGCGGGAGCGACGUUUAUAAACUUAAUUUACUUUACUUUGCGCUAGCUAGCUAGCGGCGCUAACGCGGACGUCUUAACUUUUGUCAACUUUUGUCAACGUCGUUUGUUUCUGGUCGCUGGUCGUAAUGGGGAAGUGUACUUGCUCGUUCAAGCUGUGUAGAUGAAUUUAGUGAAGGCGAGCGAGUGUAAUUAGGUGUUAAAGUUGUCUCCUCUCCCCCUCCCUGGGUUAGUAGAGUAUCAGCAGGACUCACCAUGUUCUCUGUCAAACCCCUCAAACCAACGUUCAAGUGCUAUCUGCCCUCACAGACUGAUGUGAAGAAAACUAUUGAACCACCAAUUAAGAAGUUGGAGCCCACCUUACUUCCAGGAGAGAUCGUAGUGAAUGAGGCCAACUUUGUGAGGAAAUGCAUCAGCACUGAAAGCACCCAGGAUGACCCUUGGGGAAAGCUGAUAUGCACCAACUUUAAGGUCUCCUUCCUACCUCAAGAUGCCCCACUCAAACAGAAAACCCAGUUAUCCCAUCUGCUUCUUGGAGAGCAUGACAUCCCUCUCACCUGCCUGGAGCAAGUAGUAACAGUUAAUGAUACAAAGGGAAAAAGGAAAGUGUUGGGCUCGAACCAGAAGUUGAAGUUCAACCCUACUGAGCUGAUUCUGUACUGCAAAGACUUGCGUGUCAUAAGGUUCUGCUUUGAUGAAGCCGGGCCAGAGAGUGCCAGAAAGGUUUGCCUUGCUAUUGCCCACUAUUCCCAUCCAGCUGAUCUUCAACUGCUGUUUGGUUUUGAGUAUCAAGGACGACGAUACCAUGAAUCUAAAGGGAACCGAGUCAAUGGCUCUAACCCAAGAGGAGGAUUACAGACCCCUAUUUUUGACCGGCCAUCUGACUGGGACCGGGAGAUCAAGAGAACGGGUGCUUCAGAGUGGAGAGUUUGCUCCGUCAAUGAGGGUCAUACCAUCUCCCCAAGUCUUCCAGAGCACAUUGUGGUCCCAGUUUCGCUGGCAGAUCAAGAUCUAAAGCAAUACUCAUCAGUCUUCACUGAUUCCCGAAUCCCUCUGUGGUGCUGGAGUCACGCUAAUGGGAGUGCUCUUCUCCGCAUGGCCAGCAUGACUGAUCCAUUACAACAAAAGAAGACUGAGCAGCGGAUCUCCACUGCCAUCACUAAAAGCCACCCUCAUCGCAGUGAAGUCUCCAGGUUCGAGUUGGACAAGUGUCUGCCUAAUAUCCAGGAGAUCCAGAGCGCUUUUGUUAAAGUCCGCCAGAUCUGUGUCUUAGAUGCUUUUGAGGACACUGAAGAAAGGUGGCUUUCAUCUAUUGAAAACUCGCGAUGGCUGGAGUAUGUAAGGUUGUUUUUAAAAAUCUCAGCAGAUGUGGUGUACAACUUGGAUGGAAAAAAUAUAUCUGUCAUUCUCCAAGAGGAAGAAGACAGAGACCUUGACUGUGUAGUGUCCUCACUGGUGCAGCUCAUGCUGGACCCUCACUAUCGCAGCCUGAUCGGCUUUCAGAGUUUGGUGCAGAAAGAAUGGGUGAUGGCAGGCCAUCGCUUUUUGGACAGAUGCAACCACUUGAAGAAGAAUGACAAGGAGGAGUCCCCGCUGUUCACAUUGUUCCUGGACUGCGUGUGGCAGAUGAUGAACCAGUACCCAGCAGCAUUUGAAUUCACAGAGACCUACCUGACAGUACUGAGUGACAGCAUGUGGAUCCCACUCUUCAGUACUUUUCUUUUCAAUUGUCCUAAACAGCAUGCUCAGGUCUUGACGGACUUUGCCAAGAACAAAGCCAUCCCUCAAGGGGAAGAUCCGACUGUGUUUUUCCCUCCUGUGUGGGAGUGGGCGCAGCAGUUCUCCAUAAAAGAUCAAACCCUCUUUAACAACCCCAUGUAUGUUGGAAAAGGAGCUGCUUGUGUUCAGAAUGGAGAAGUGAAAACCUUCAGACGCACAAAGAAAACCUACAGUUCCACAUUGCGAGGAACAGCCAUGUUGCAGCGCAAUGGACUCAGAGGUGAAGAGGAUGUGCUGCCUCGGCGGGGCUCUCUGGUCUCUGAGCUUAGGUCUGAUUUUUCACCGGUGAAAGAUGAAAGUCCAUCAGAGCGCUUCUUCAGGGACUGGUUUUCUCGACCUGUUGACCAACAUGGCCUCCUGAUUCCCAUGGUCAUGCCCUCACAUGUGGCUCUCUGGAAGCUCUUCUUUUUACGUUGGGUCACUGAAGCCUGCAUCCCCAAAGGAGGCCCCAUCACCGCCUACCACAAGCUCUCUCAACUGGUCGACGAAAUUGAGAUAUUGCAGAGCCAGCUCAGGCAGUACAAGGCUCCAGGUUCAGGAACCUCACCGCUUCCAAGCCCAUGUGGGCCCCCUUCAGACCAAAGAAGGAUGUAUUUUAAGGCCAGUUCUCCAGAUGAGCCUUCUACACCACCAGACUUCCUAACUUCCUCAUUUCCCUUCACUCCGGUGGGAAACCUGUCUCGGCGAAGUCUGUAUGGGACUCCCAUUAGCAAGUUUCUCAAUGGGGCAAGGACCUGGCUCUCAACAGAGACUCUGGCUAAUGACACUGUCUGAACAUAACUUAGUUAAAGGACUCUUAACAGAUUUUUAAUAACUAAUCAUCUGAUUUUUCUAUUACCUCUUUCUUUAAUACCAACAAAGAACCUGAGAAAUUAAAAUAGUAAUUUUUGACUUCUGAUUUCAAGUGCUUAAUAAGCUAGAGUUUCCACCAUUGAUGCUGCAUUCAAAUCUGUGGUAAUUCCUAAUUCCUAAUGAAUUACCAUUGGCAGAACCUUAUAAAACACAGUAAGGUCCUUUCAAACACUUCCUUCUCAGUUGCUGGUGAAGUCGUACAGUAAGGUGUCUGGACUGAUUGUAUAAAUCGUUAACUUUUUUUUAAUAUCUAUAUGUGUAUAUUUUUGUCCGUGUUUGUUUUUUGUUUUCUUUAAAAUGUUAUCAAGUUAAGGUGAGGGUUAAUACAACCUGCCCUGAACUGCCCUGAUUUGCUGCAUGUUUUAAAGGUAACCUGAAUCUAUUGAUGUAUGGCUGUAGCAGUGCUUUAACUUAACCUUUUAUUUGAAUUGGUUUGUCAAUAAGACGACUUCUCCUCUGGAAGGAAAUUAAGUUUUUUAAAUAAGGAAAUACACGUUUUUGUUGCAGCAUCAGUGAUGCACUUUACCAAACACUGAUCUUUAAAACUUAAUUUGUUUUUUGCCUUCCAGGAAAGUUAAUUGAAGCAGCAAUUUUGUAACCUUUUUUUUUUCUUUUUUUUUUAACACAUUUCUGAAAGAGGAACAGAAAAUAACACAGCUAACAACAUUUCUACUCUAAAGUUAGAAUGAGUGGCCUGGUUGAAUGUAACAGGAUCUCUUUUCUUUCACGAGCUUAUUGCUGCUUGCUUCAGUGGCUCAUAUUUUAUUGGCUGUUUUGGAGCUGUGCAAUAAGUGGGAAACGGUGUGAUAUCAGGGUCGAAUUUUGUAUAGUUACUCUAUUUUUUAAGCAGCCAUAAGGGCUUUGUAUAUUAAUGGUGUUGAUACUAAAGAAAAGCAGAACUGUGAGGACUUUAACCUGUGGUAGAUAUUUCCUCUUUUUCUUUUGGGGGGAUUUUAUUUAACCUUUCUUUUAGCCUUCUGGUAAGGUGCCGUGGAGAAAGUGUUAAUGUGAAAAGGUGCUGAAUGGGUAAAUAAUUUGAAAGUAUAAGGGAUGGGUAAGUCAUUUGAGUCAAACCAGUCCCUAUUUUGGUAAAUUCGUUGUCCUCUAGUGAGGAUGACAUAGUUUUGAGACAGUGCAUUAGCAAUAAGUCAACUAUGAACCAAAGCUUAUAGAUGCACAAUGUCUUUAACUUUUACAUGUCACCUUUUAUAUGAUGGGGAUAAUUGUUUGUCAUCUUCAACAGAAUUUUAGUUGGAAAUGAAAAGCCUGACAGUAUCAAGUCCAUACACUUUUCAGCACCAUUUUUCUUACGUUGGUAUCUCUUCAUAUGUUUGCAUAUAAAGUAAUUAUACUGAUCAUGAUAGAAAACAAGAAGUUGAAAUAGUACUUGCAGAAAGUAAAAUUGUAAGCUUCAUGCACAGAGAUACUCAAAAGUAUUGAGGAAAGACUUAGAGAAUUUUUGUUGUGUGUAGGCUGCUGUAAAUAGUAAUUAAAAAAAAAAAAAAAAAAAGAGGAAAAAAAAACAACCACCUGAGAAUAGGAUUGUUAGAGACGCAGCUUACAACAGUACCAAUCAUCCAGUGCCUUUUAAAACUGGUAAGGAAGUAUCACUGUGUAAUAUGUAAAUGAGAGCACGGCAUUUUUGUUGUCACGCCCUUUUAAAAACUGCAUCUCUGACCACUGGACACACCGUAUCUGUUCCAUUACGAGUCAAAAUCCUGCAACACCAUAUUGAGCAGUUCCUGAUGGCAUAAAGAUAAAUCUGUGGCUCUUUGGCAAGAAAUAGUUUAGGUUUUUCUUUUUACAAUGUAUAAUGUGAGUGCAAGCUUGCUCUCCCAAAUGCUAUAAAUUGCACAAAUUUUCCAAGAAUAGAUAGAAGAAGAAGAAUAGAUUAUUUUAAAGCAAUUGUUGGAUAUAAUUUUGGCAGAUAUAAACACUGUAUAUGCUCGAAAGCUUUCAAAUAUUUUUGAUUAAUGGUACUAAAUGACUUAUUGAAUUAGUCUAUAUAUUUUAUGGAGAUGUAUUUAUAUGCUGUUUUUUGCAUUAAUUCCCAAUGUUGCACUCUGCUGUAAUGUAUGAUGGCUGUGCUUCCUGUAUGCCACAGCUUGAUAUUAAUGAGCAGCAGAUGUAUAAUAUUCACUUAUGCAAAUGUUCUCCAAGAGGAAUGCAGUGAACUCUGCACAUCCUCUGUGCCUUUUUUAUGGGGGAAGAUUGACUUUAUUUUAACAAUAUUUUAAAACGUAUUGCUUUUGUUUUGCAAGACUAAUUACUCUUGGCAAUUCUGUAAAUGUUAAAUUCAGAGGCUCGCAUGUGUACCAUGAAGAAGAAAUCCUUACAUUAGCUUUUAAUCUACAUCACCGUCUUAUUUUUAUUGUGCAGAGAUUUGCUUUCAUUUAGCAUUCUUUUUGUUUUCACAUUUAAAUGUUAUAGUUUGUUUUUUUUUUUGUUUUUUUUAUUUCACAUGUACGUGGAUGAAAAAAGAGCAACGAAGUGUGUUGACCAAAAAGGCAACAGUUCAUUGAACAAAUUACAAACACAUGCACAUAUAAUUUGUACUUUUAAAUAGAAAUGUUACUGUCUGAAGGGAAUAUUGCAGUUCAUUACUGCCAAAUGAAGAAACUCACAGCUGUGAGUGCCAAACCAGCUGAUCUGAGGUCAUAUUCAGAGAUUCCUAUUGAUUAGUGAUCAUUGAUUAUUUGUGGAACCUACAUACACAGAAAAAAAAAUCCUUGCAAUUCCUGGUUUUCACACUUCCAAAGAUUCUCUUGAAUUCCACGGAAAUUCUUGAGGCUCAAUUUGUCACUGAGAAGCCCCCUUGAUGUCUUUUGCUGAACAAUAAGUAAUAUAGAAAUAUGAAAAAAAAUGUUUAACAAUGGACUGAACUCUGCACAGUUUAGCUUUUUGUUCAUUUCACUGAGUGUAAUUCUCAAAAUCCUGGUUAUUAUUAACAUGCACUUAUUUGUAACUUGACAUGUUUGAGAUUCUGAGUUGCCGUGGACUUGCGGUUCAAUUGAAAUAAUCUAACAAGAGAGACGAUUUGAAAAGAGGAAAAACAACUAAUAAAAUUGUAAAGUGGUAUUUCUGAUGAUAGGGGUUUAUUGCUAUUACUUAGAGUAAGACCAGCAAAUGUUAAGAGUGGGAUAAGGGUCCCUGAUGCAUCUUAAGUGUUGUAAGCUCUUAAAAUGGUGAAGAACAUCACCUAUGUAUAAUAUGAAAAGCCUUACAUUUUCUGGUGAAGGAUGUUGCUAGUUGAUUUUCACGUGACUAAUAAAGGUUGAUAUUGCUCCAUCUAAUUGUGAAAUGCACCAGGGUAAGUGGAAACAUAGUGUGAAGUAACAUCUGAUCAGGUGUAUUUAUAGUUUAAGGAUUGUAAAGUUACUGAGUCACAUGGCUAUUCUCCAAACAUUACUGUAACUAGUGUGCAAUGUCUCCAAAUUAAAGUACAAUAUUUGAUCACAAUGCUCAUAAUUUGUAAAACCUAGGGUCAAUAAAUGAAAAACUGAAA